AUGGAUGAUGUGUUUCAGGACCUGCCUAAGAAGAAGAAUUUUGUGGUUGUUGUGAAGAAGAAGAUGUUCUACUCCGAGGGUGAUGACCUUGGUUUUCUGAGCUACGUCUACAAGGUCAACCUAACUUCGCCCAAUCUGAAGAACUUUGACUGCAUCACAACGACAAGCUAAAAGGUCCCUUCAUACCCCUCACGAGGAUUGACGAGGCUGGCGUCUAUCCGCCCAUUGCAGGCACCCCAUUGGCUACUCGACAGGUCCACACUCUAACAUUUGUCUGCACCAAGCUCGAUCGGCAGAUUAAAAUAGACGAAGUCUACUUGAAGGGUCCUCUGCCGGCUGCUACGAGAAAUGACAUACAGGUGGGUAAGGGGGAGAUGUGGUCCGUUUGUAAGGAAGAACUUUGAGUUUAUUCUGCCUGGCUGGAAAAAGGACGACGUCUACACCAUCACCGCUUGGCUCUCUUCAGGCAGCAUUAUGAUGAAGAAGGCUGUCAUUCUGGGACCCUUCGACCAACUGACUGUCAAGCCGACUGUCGCGUUUGCAGACCAGACUGUCGAAAUUAUGUGCUUUCAGGACUUAUUGAAGAAGCCCAGCGAUCCCAAUAAACACUUUGCCACAAUGUUCGCUCCCAGUGCCGUUGAGUACCUCCUCCUAGAGGGCCUCAGCCAGACCGACUACAUAACCCUCCCAAGCUUCACGCCUAAGGAGAGGUGCGUCCUGCAGACCAGAUGGCCUUCCGGAGUCGCGCGCUUCAACAUCCCAAGUCAUUACUGA